CCACCGUCAUCGCCCCAACACCGUUAUCACUGUUCCCAAUGUCCAAAGACUUUCACCCGACCGUCUUCUCUCAGGAUCCAUGUAUUUUCUCACACCGGCGAAAAACCUCACGCAUGUCCUCACAAUGGCUGCGGACGUCGGUUCAGUGUCCAAAGCAACAUGAGGCGACACCUUAGAGUGCAC